CUACCAGAGAAACGGGAGCUCAAUUCUUCUAUGGUUAGAUCGGCGAUAGAAUCGAUUAAACAGGAGCUGCGAGACUGCCGUGGACAUCAUCGGAGCCACGGAGGGACACAGGGAGAGCGGAAACACAAGCGUACGGUGUCAGAAUCGAUGGGAUCAAGCGAUACACCAGUGACCAAACGAACUUGUAUUAGGAAAUCUGAUGGUCACUUGGCUCUUGCUGAAGAGCUUGAUCUUGAGGGGCAUUCCACGUCCCCCUCACUCUCCACCACCACCACCACCACCACCACCGAUGAGGAAGAUGUUGAUUAUGGCGAUAAAAAGGAGGAAGAGAAGGUGGCUAACGUUGGAAUGGAGAAAUUUCCUCCCAGUCCCAUAGGCGAAGAAGACAAUCCAGGCGGCGUGGCAAUCAUUUCAGAUAGCGAUGAGGAGGGUUUGGACUCUACUCUUGCUGAAGACGAUGAAGAUGAUGACGAUGACGUUGAUAUUGACGACGAAGAAGUUGAGGAAGAGAAGGGAGCAGUGGAACAAGAGUCAAUGGAAGGGACUGACAAGCACAGCGAGCAGUUUAAGUCGUCUGUUCCAGUGACGGUGGAAACGGAUCUACAAGAGGAGAUGAGACAGUAUUUGCCACCUCCAUGUCCUCUGGAAUAUGCAGAAAAUCCACUGCUUCAUAUGUCGCCUCAGCUUUACGCUUUUAGUGCCAGUGUAAAAGCAAGAGAUGGAUUUUUCUGCAUCUAA